CGGGGAUGAGCUACGUCAUUGUGUCCUGGAGCGUACGUCUAGCAUAGCGCAGCCUUUGUGACGCCUUCCGUAGAAUCGCAGGAUGCCGCGGGUCUUUCUGGACCUCAGCGAUGAUGUUUGGCACUACAUCAUCGGCACACGGCUCAUGGACUACGCCGAGGUGAUGCCGCUGAGGUCCUCAUGCCACACAGUCCUCUCGCUGGUCGACCACGGAGCUCAACAGGCCCUCCACCGACUCACGAGGCUGCAAGACUGGGCAUGGCUCAACCUGGUGCGUGUGCGUAGGCCAAGGAGACCACAACAGCACUGAAUCAUUCUCCCUACUGUGUGCUGCUCUGCUGCUACAGGUUCACGUAUCGCCGCUGCAGCGGUUGUUGAUCGAGGACACGCUUCGCAAGAGGAAGCUGCGGCUUGCCGAGCUGUCGCUGGAGAACUGCCUGUGCUUCUUCAAGGAGCGCAUCCUCUUCUCCCCCAACCUCAACGUGAUCCGCGGCGGCAACGGGACGGGCAAGACGUCCAUCAUCCUCACCAUAUCCACGGCUCUGCAGGUCAUGGAGGACAUGCCGUCAUUCGCCGUCCUCAGGUACGGCCGUGCCCACCAGACCAGACACACAAUCGGAAUAAUCACCGCUGCAGGCCUUUCUGUUUGUAUACCUUGUGUGUGGACUCAGGUCUGGUGCCCAGUCCGGCAGCAUCACGAUCCGCUUCGCCCCUGCAGCCGACAUGUCCGGUCACCGCUUCUCCCUCUCCCUCACCGUGCAGCUGACGAGCACCCGCCCCUUCCUCACCCGACAGCUGGCAGUCAACCUGGGCCAGGGCGCAACACGACUUAAGCGCGUGGCCAACGGCUCGUCGCUUCCGCAGUCGGUGCCGCUGGACCGAGUGGUGAUAUCCACGGUGGACGCGGACAUCCAGAAAUGGCUCAGCCUGCUGGGCACGGACGGGUGGAGGAACCUGAUACGACACCAGUGGUCGACCAACAUCCCCCGCACAUUCUUCGGGGCGACCCAGCUGAUCAACCAGAGCGCCCCGCCGCCCCCACCGCCACCCAGCCUCUCCCCCCCUUCUGCCCCGUCCUCUGCACCCGCCCCCCCACCCGUCCCCUCCCUCCCCCUCCCCCCCAUGCGCAAGGGGCGCAUGAGUGACGAGGCACUCAGAUGCCAUCGUGACCACCAGUCAACCCAGGUGGCGUCGCGGAACAUGGAGGCGCUCAAUGCGCUCGUCACCAGCUACCGGGCCAAGAUGCAGGCACAGCGCGACAACUCGCCCUCCCACAAACAGCCCCAUGCAGACGGAGUCCUGCGUCCCCACCCACCCUCGCCGUCAUCCGCGUCUGCCAGUGCGUCGUCGGCUCGCCCAUUCUCGUCCCUCUCGUUGGCCGAGAGGCUCAAGACGGGAGCAAGCCCCAUAGCAGCUGGCGACGCGCCGUUGGUGCCCUUCAUGGGCAGCGGGCUGGGCCCUGGCGACCUGGGAGUGGCGGGCAUUCCGUCAUUCAAGGUGUCGGUCGAGGGCGAGGAGGAGGGGGGUGAUGGCAGGGGCGGCGCUGGGGGUGGACGUGGUGGUCAGCAUCUGCGGUUUGAGUAUCGGCCGAGCGGGGGGAUGCGAUACCGGCCUGUUGAAUAUCGGACCACAGCGGGUGAGUGAGUGGGACCAAACACAGGACAGGACGGUGGAAUGAAUGGCUUGUGGCAGGACCGCUGAUUGAUUCCUUCUGUGUGCGUUCUUGGUUUGUUGUAGGUUCGUCCCCUGAGAUGGAGGUGUUGUUGCGAAUCCUGCUGUAUCUCAACGAAGCUGACUCGCCCUUCCUGGUAAGGGAAGGAACUGUGGCCGACGAACGCCACAGGGUGUCCACUCCCUCUGUCCUGUCUUGUCUGUGUCUGCAAUCCAGGCAUUUGAUGAGUUGAUGGGUUUCAACCUGGAGGACGCGUGCGACGCUGAAGCACGGCGGAAUCUCCACCCUCUGCAGCGGACGUUCUCAGAUCUGCUGUACCUGGCGCUUCUGCACUGCCUCGCCAGGGGCCGACAGGUCAGUACACGAACACGUGAAUGUGUGGAUAUGUGAGUGUGGCCAUCCGUUAUUUUGUGCUGUCAUCCCUCCCUCAGAUCAUCUGGACGACCGUCCGCCAUGAGCGUGUCAUCGGGGCGUGGCUGCGGCGUCUCGCCAAAGACCUCAAGCCCCUCCCGACGCCUCCAUCCACACCACCAACAGACGACAAGGCCACAUCCACACGCAGCCUGGUGCCUCAGAUGCCCAUGCCAUUCCGCCCGUCGCCCGGUCUGUCGCUGGCUGUGUCGCUGCAUGGUGAGACGGGGGUGGGCGAUGAGAGCCCGGUGGUGUUGGCCAAGAAGCUGACCGACAUAGUGCUCAAGGGAGACAAGGGCGAUGAGAGGCCGUCCGCCGCUGCCGCUGCUGCUGCUGGUACUGCAGAGGGAGACAAGAAGGACAUUGGCGAGGAUGCGGAUGCGUUUAUGUGCACGAGAGAGAUGGAGGUGAGGAGGCCGGAGACGACACAUCCAUUGUAAUGCAUUGCGUGCUGGCGUCAUAUGGAUGGAUGGAUGGAUGUUUUGAUGUGAUGGGGGUGUGCGCGCAGGUGAACAUGAUAGAGCUGGAGUCUCGUGGGUACGCCGCGCCCCACAACCCGCCGCCAUACAGCAUCAAGACAGCCAGGGCCAGAUUCAACCAGCUCCUGCUGUAGUGGACGACACAAAACAAGGGGGCGGGGCGGGGCACUCACUGCGGCGUGUCGCUCACUAGGUGUGUAGGCCAUAGGCAUGUGUCUGAGUGUGACGGCGGGAUGGAUGGAUGGUGUGGUAAAGAUGCGUGUGUGCUGAGAGGAGCAGUCCAAACGAGGUGGGUGGGCGGGCAGAUGGAUGUGCUGCUGGCCCUAGCUGCCAUACUGUCUUCUUGUCCAGCAACUCUGUUAGGCCUGGUCGUCUGAGCACGCACGAGUGACUGCUGUGAUGACGGUCUCGCUUUGUCUCGAUGGCGCGUGGGUGGGAUAUUGCGUCGCGACUGACAUUUUUUGCUUCCUUUUGCCUCUCUCUUGCUGCUAGGUGGUUGCUCUCCGCGCUGUUGGGCGGUGGCUGUAGUCAGGGGGCGGAAAACUAUGGAUGAGAGACGCCAAGAACCGACGUCCUCUCAUCCAUAGGCUUCCUCUUCCGGACGCCAGCGAUCGCUGGAAGCGCGAGGAGAGCAAGGAAAGAAUGCACCCGCCUGUGGGCGAAAUGGCUGUCCAGUGUUGUUGAUGGUGUGGUACCUGCCCCUUGUUCUCGGUGAGGCAGCAGCACGAUACCCACAAGAGGUUGUGAUGACUGCCACAACCUCUUGUCGGUGUCGUGUCGCUGGCCAGCAACCUUGGAUGAGGGGAAGUGGACCUACCUCGUGUGUGUAAGUAAUGAGUACACGUGUAUCCAUCCUAUCUAUGCAUCCGGCGUGUAAGUUUGUGUGUGUACAAGUGCCUCGACCGGCCUAGACCGAUGGGCUUGAUUUUUCACCUGCUGCUGACUGACUGAGAGAGAGAGGUUACCGAUACGGCGACGGUCCCUCCAGUGACGAUCGGUCGCUCGCGGGACACCCACACACGUGCAGGUGCCAGGCAGGUGUAGCGUAAUUCGUUUGUUGCUGGCUGUGAUGCGUACGUAGGCAGUGGAUAACUUAGUUAAGAAGAAAGAAGGGGACGGGGGGAAGGGGGAGGGGGAGGAUGGCGCCGCCACGCUGUACCUUAGCUGUCUAUCCUUGAGCCGUCGUGGCCAAUGAGUGAUAUAUGCCGUCCUUCUCCUCCCCUCUCCCCACCUCCCCCCGACCACCUACCUAGUAUCGUCUCUCUGGUUGUCGCCGAUCUUGUCUUGUGUAAGUACUGUAUUUUUCAUCGCGACAGACGGAGAGAGACAGAGAAAAGGGUCGCGAGAGAGAGAGAGAGAGAGAGAGAUGGACGGGAAGGGGGCGCUUUCAAUGGUCAUUUCGUCACGGGUCACUCACGCGUGGUGAGCGUCGUUUUAAAGCGAGCGGGAGCCGUCGGUCGUCUGUCGUCUGUUGUCGGUCGGUGCCAGAGAAUGUCAAUGGUGCGUGAGUGGAGUUUUGUCUGCGUGUGCGAGGGACGUGAUGCGGCUGCUGGUGAGACUGAUGACUUGACUGCAUAAAUGUGCAUUCCUCCUUUGCUUGCUUGUGUCACUUUUGCCCCGCUGCUGUCGUCGCCCUUCUACCUGCAUGCCUUCAGCCGUUUUUGACCCACCAGUGGGUGGGGGGGUGGGUGACUCCGUGUACCAACCAGGACCCCUUUGUGUGCUGUGCUGUGGUGUGGUGUGGUGAUAUGAAUAUGAGAAGCGUGUACUUUGUUUUUUUUCGUGUCGGUUUCAAGCCAACCCAGCAACCAACCAGCCACCCAGACAGACAUCGACGCGUUCAGCGUAUGUAUCGGGCAGCAAGGCAAGUCGUUA